AUUUUCGUUUCGUACAUAUUCGUAUUAAAAAAAAUUCGGUUCUGUUGCACAUUCGUUAUAGAGUAAUUCGUUUCAAUCUGUUUUCGGAUGCAUCCGUACAUUUUCGGAUCAAUCCGAAAUAUAUUUCGGAUGCAUUCGUUAUAUCACACCCGUCCAUUAUUUCGUACACAUUCGUUACAUUUGGCGCAUUCGUUACAUUUGGCGCAUUCGUUACUUCAGACAUAUUCGUUAUUUCGGCCGCAUUCGUUUUACUUUCGAAUUCGGCAAAUUACAUUAUUCGUUUUAUGUUGCUGUAUUCCUAACGAUUAACGAAAACAGCCGAAGUAAAGUUAGGCCAGUUCAGUCAGGGGCUCAGAGUUUUUACCCAGUGGCCCAGAUUUAUCAAACUGUGUGAGAGAAAGAGUGGAGUGGUCUGGUCUCCCAUAGCAACCAAUCACAGUUCAGCUUUCACUUUACCAGAGUUCAUUAUCUGACAUGUGAUUGGCUGUUGUGGUCACUCCCCUUUUUCUCUCACACAGAUUGAUAAAUCUUGCCAGCGUGUACUGAGAGUGAGAAAUUGAUUGUAUUGUGCGUAAAUUGUGUGAAAAAAACAAUGUCUGGAAUGAGAGAAAUUGUGUCUGUGGUGUCUGGGAGAGAGGAUGGUGACGGUGAGCGUGCUGUUGUGGAUGUGAGUGAUAGAGCAUGUGUGAGUGAGCGUGCUGUUGUGGAUGUGAGUGAUAGAGCAUGUGUGAGUGAGCGUGCGGAUGAUGAGUGUAGUGGUGGCGUGGAGAGGAGAGGAGAGAAGAGGAGGAGUAAAGUCCGAGCAUGUCCAAUCGCAAGACAAAGUGGUUGGGCAAUAUCGGACUCUGGCAGUGGCAGCCACACAUCUGAGUCUGAGAGUCUGCACUCAGUGGGAGUCCCACCAGCCAAAAAACAAAGAGGGCCGAAAUUCACGGAGGCAGAGAACGUAGCACUGGUGGCUGCUGUUAGCACAGAAAAAUCCGUGUUAUUCAACACGACAGUGGGUACCCAGGAGAAGAUGGCCGCCUGGAGCCGGGUGAGGGAGAAAGUGUCCCAAGUUGCAAGUGGCACAGCGGACAGGACAGUUCUCAGCAUCAGGCAUCGGUACUAUGACUGCAGGGCAUCAGUCCUCAAAAAAAUAAAAAAGCAGCAGCAGAGGAGGAACAUCAACUUCAAGAACUGGGAGCUGGAGUUGAAGAAGCACCUCCUGCCAGAGGCUCAGACAUCCGAGGCAGAGAGAUCUGAUCAACAAGGCCAGGCUUCAUUAAGGAGUCACCAUGACAGUUCCCCACCAUCACCUGUCCUGUCACAUUUGGAGAGCCGGAGUGAGGUUGAGGCAGAUGAUAAUGUGCCAGUACCUGAGGAGGACAUGGGCCAACCCCUGAGCUCAGCUGCCUGUUCACCAGCUAUCCACAGUCCACCCAGUCCACUAUCUCCAACCCCAGCACCCGCAUCUGUCCCAAUGGACACGUACCUUAGGGUACUCCAAGAAAGGGACAGGUUGUCCAGGGAGACGAGGCACCUUGCACGGGAGAUGCGACGCUUGAAUAGGACCAUGCACCAACUUCACCGACGGCAGGCUGACGACAUCCAAGUGAUGUUGGCCCGGGUCAGCCAGCAGCACCUUCAGGCCACAGCACAGCUAAGGGUGGACCUCCUGACGGCAAUAUCAAGAAUCAGCCAAUCACCUCCAUUGGCUGACACCAGCAGCAGCAACAAUGGGGCACCUUCACAAACCUAA